AUGUUCAUACACUGGUUAAUAUUAUUAAUUAGUUUUCUAUUUGUUAUAAUUAAUGCUGAUAUUAACAAAGUUAAAUAUUCAUCUAUAAACAAGGCUAUCAUUGAACAUGGAUCAUAUGAUAUUAUUACUAAUGAUUCACUUAAUCAAUCUUGGAAAGCAACAACUAAAAAAAUUUUAAUUCGAGUAACUCGUCUGAAUAAAAAAUCAAUAAUACAUAAUCGAUAUCGACGUGAAUUAGUUGAAGCGAUACAAACUUCUGAUUUUGUUAUUAAUAUAGCCAAAGCAAUGGAAAAUUUUGAAAGUACUGAAGAAAUUUGGGGCAUGGCAAAAAAGGUUGCUAUAGCAGUAUUUGUUUUUGUAUCAUUAUGUAUUAUUUGCUGUAUUGUUACAACAAUAUGUAUUUGUAUUAAAUGUUGUUGUGGUAAUAAAAAUAAUAAACGAAUGAGAAAUCAAGAUUUUACUACUACAUCACAACCAAUAGUUAUUCAUACAGGUUCAUCAAAUUAUCAACAAACACCAUUACAAACAUGGAAUUCUGAAAAUCAUCCAAUGUUAACACAACCAAGUGCACCACCACAACCAAUGGAUGAUUUUCUUAUGGAACGUCCACCACCUUAUGAAAAAAUUUGUACAAGUAGAUAA